CAACAAAGACGUUGUGCUGUAUAUAGCCACUCCAACCACCGCCGAAGCAUGCGCAGCCAUUGAAGACGUCAUGGAAUCCUUCAAAUCACUGCAGGACGAGAUCUCUAAGGCCCUGGUCUCGACAACACGGUCCGCGACACGCAUUGCAGGCGCAGACAUUGCCUUUCAAAGGUCGCUCAACCCAGAUGUGGGUGCAACCCUCGAUACGCAGAAUGGGCGCCUUCUCCAUCUUGCGCAACGCCUUCUCGAGAACGCUGCCGCGAGCUCGGACGCUGUAGGUCCCAAGCUACCCGACGUCGAAUCCAUAGACGGCAAUUGGAGGGCGGUCGUUGAUGUCAUCGACAGCUUGCUUGAGAAGGCCGACACGAGCCUUGACGAGUAUACGGGGGUGGUGAAGCGAUUGAGUCCCAGCGCAGACCAGGCUGCUGUGAAGCCACGACCCAAUAUCGCCGAGAAGAAACACCUCGCAAAGCCACAGCUCACAUUCGAAAAUGUGCCGACCAACGACGAAACUGGCGGCUUCCGCCCAUUGCUGGUCACGAAGCCGCAUGCGAAGAUUCCACUGGAGGAAUGCUUGAAGACCUUCAAGGACAGCAAAGGCCGAGAACAGUACCCUCAUCCUUACCAGAUCGAAAUCGAGACCUACGAAUACCCACAAGCCGUCUACGAACAUGUGGAACCACAGCAAUACCCACCCUUCGAGGAAACCACCGCGACAUUUGUGGACACACCUGAGGCCGUCGAAGAUAUGUUAGCUGAGUUGAAGACUGCGAAAGAGAUGGCUAUCGAUCUGGAGCACCACGACAAUCGCUCAUACAUUGGCAUGGUAUCCCUCAUGCAGAUCAGCACACGCGAAAAGGAUUGGAUUGUGGACACACUCAAGCCCUGGAGACGGAAGCUGGAAUGUCUGAACGAAGUCUUCGGAGACCCUGGUAUCCUGAAGGUUCUGCACGGAUCCUAUAUGGACGUCAUGUGGCUCCAGCGUGAUCUCGGACUCUACCUGGUUGGCUUAUUCGACACAUACCACGCGGCACGGUCAUUGGGCUACCCAGGUGCAAGUCUGGCAUACCUGCUCGAGAGGCACGUCAACUUCAAGGCGCAGAAACAGUAUCAGAUGGCCGAUUGGCGAACACGACCGCUGAGCCAGGAGCUCUUCGAUUAUGCUCGCGCAGAUACCCAUUUCCUACUUUACGUGUAUGACAAGAUGCGAAACGAACUGGUGGACAAAUCGGACAUCUCGGACCCUGAGAAGAACAAGGUCCACGAUGUGCAAGAAAAGUCGAAAGAAUAUGCCCUGCAGCGAUAUGAGCACCCGGUAUAUGACCGCGAGUUAGGUCUCGGACCCGUUGGCUGGUACAAAGUCAUCUCGAGAUCACCCGUCACGUUCACGCCACAGCAAUUUGCUGUUUUCAAGGCAGUACAUCAAUGGCGCGAUGAAUUAAGCCGAAAGGAGGACGAGAGCACAUUCUUCAUCAUGCCAAAUCACGCAUUGUUCAGCAUAGCGCGCAUGAUGCCUUUGGAUAAGCCGGCGCUCUUUACAGCUAUACAGCAUGUCUCGCACCUCGUUCGCGCUCAUGCGGAUGAGCUUGUGAGAGUUGUUGCGCGAGCAAAGGAGGACGGUAUCGAUGGACCCGAGCUGAGCGAUGUCCUAACGAAGAUUGCGGACAUGCGGGAAGCGGAGAAGGCUGCGAAGUAUGCGUCGGACACCCCGAAGAAGACUGCAUCUGAACCUGUCGUGGCAGCCGCUGAACCGGCACCUCUACAAAGCAGCGUUGCCUUACCAGCGAAGAGAAUGUCGGCUUCAGAUUUCUGGGGUGGGCUAUGGUCCUCAGCUCCAGCUUUUGAAUGGCAGCGAACCAUCGAUAUUGCUCUUGCCCUUCCCUUACCACCACUGACCGCCGAAAUCUUUGCCGAUACCAACGGCAAAUCUGACACCAACACGCCCAAGGCCGAGAAGCCACGACACACAUACGUCCCUAAGGAGGAUAGGCCACAAGAAGAUCAGCGAACCGACAUGUUCGUUGUGAAGCAGCUUGGUGGCAAGAAGAGGAAGCGGGCAGAAGCAUCGGAGGCUGGAACCCCAGCAAAGCCUGCACUCGAUCCCAUGACGAACGACGAAAUCAUUCUGGACGGCGCAAACGAAGAAGACGACGAAGAGGCCGCGCGGGCCGCCAGGAAGGCCGCACGCAAAGCCGAGAAGAAACAGAAGAAGUUGGAAGCGCAAGCUGCGUCACUCAACGAUGCCGGCGAACCUGCAUUUGAUUAUGCCAAUGCACCAACGGUGCUGCAUGCCGCUGAUGAGCAAGCGAAGAAGGAUGCGAGAGACAAGAAGAAGGAUAAGAAGGACAAGAAGAAGAGGGGCUUCCAAGGUUUUGCAGGCCUCACGGAUGCGCCUAAGGGGCUGCCGAGGACGCAGAAGGAAGUUGCUGGGAGAAGCAAGACGUUCUCCAGAUAGGGCGUGGACACUUAGCAUUAGUUGGGCGUUCCCGGCGCAUCAUCAGUCCUGCAUUAUUUCGUACAUAGUUUUGCAUCAUGAUACCUUGCUGUGGCGGUAUCGAUC